AUGGAUAUUGUACUAAAGGAAAAAUAUUCGAAUUUAUUUUCCAAAAUCGUACAGACUAACGUGGAUUAUGUUACUUGUUUGGAAUGCUGUAAAUAUUAUGUAGUACCAACUACAGCUUCCUGCGGUCACUCUUUAUGUCACACAUGUUGGUAUGGAAGGCAAACAUGUCCAAAUUGUAGAAUUAAAAUAGAUCGUAAGUCUUUAAAACUGAACAUGGUACUACAAAAUUUGACUGAACGUAUACACUAUUUACAGGAUGUUUCAAAAGAUAUAUUUGGCCCAACAACUGACUAUAAUAUGUCAAGUAUGGACAAUGGACUUUUACAGGAUUCUAUAAAAAAUGUAAAUGAAUGGUUAACAAGUUCACAGAACCGCUUCUCGGUACCUGUUACAACACCAGAAUCUAUUCCAGAAUUGACAAUACCUUCAAAAAUUUUAGAUAAGGAUAUUCAACUCCACCAAGAGAAUAAAAUAACUGCUAAAGCUGUAUUGAUAGAUCAAAAUGAUUGGGACAAAAUUGAAGUGCUUCCUGAGUCAGAAGACAUAUUAAGUAAGGAUAAAGAGAACAUAAUUGGCCCUAUGGACAUUGAACAAUUGGAGACAAUUGAUGGGUAUGAAGAAUAUUCAACAGACAACCCUCGUAGAAGUUCUAGAAAUAAAGAUAUAUUAUUAAGUAAUGAAAAAAAUACAGGUAGCUCUUUAACUAAAAUUAUUAAAAGUAAAAACACAAAUAAUUGGUCAACUGUAAAAAACAUGAAGCAAGAGUUUAGCAAAUUAAACAAACAAGCUAAAAACAAAUUGAAUGUUUCAGUGGAAAUGACUAAAACAAUUCAAAGUUGUACAAAAAAAUUAGUGCCACUUGAAAACACUUGUAAAAUCAGUGAUGUGGAUAUAGUAUCAUCCUUUACAGAAAAUGAUAAUAUUAUUAAAAAUACUGUUCAGGUACAUUCUGAAAACAUUAUUAAAAACCAGUCUGAUGAAUAUACUAUAGAAAAUAGAAAAGAGAGUUGUAAAGCAACUACAGAUUCUAGUAAGAAUUUGAUUUCACUGGGACCAUUGAAAAUAAAUAAGCAGACUAACUUGAGUAAAGCCUUAGAAGAAAAAGCAUCAAAUUCUCAGGGUAAUAAUCAUAGUAAAAACAAUGUAAAUUUUUUUAAAAGAAGUCCAUGGAGUAGCAAAAUAGGUUUCAAAGUUGAAGAUAAUGAGCAUUUAAAAAAUCAGACUAGUGAAAUAGUGAACACUGAUGAUAUUGAGAUAACAAUCAAAGUUGGAAAAACUGUAGCCAAUAUUUGUAUUAAGAAAAAAGAUAAUAAUGUUAAUGUCAAAGUAAAUUCUGAGCGUGAAAUUCAAUCAUCUAUUUCACAAAAUAAUGUUAGUAAAAUCAGUGUUUCUACUUCACCUCUUAAAGAUAAUUUACAAGAGAAAAGAAAAACUGAGCUGGUUAACCAAUCCAUACAAGCUUUUGUUGAAAUUGACUCAGUAAAAAAAAAAAAUACAGCCUCUGCUGAUACCUCAAGCUUAAAUACUGCUAAGAAAACUAUUGAAAGACAAUUAAGCUCCAUAAAUGAAAUUGAAGAAAUUAAAAACACUAAUAAAUCUUGUCCAGAGCUGGUUCAGCCUAAAUUAAAUAAGGAUCCUAAAGACUGUUUGAAUGAUUUUGAUAUGUUUGACAGUGAAUCAGUUAAGGAUGGUAAUAUACAACCACUUUCAAGAACGAUACAAACUCCAUCAGCAAUUUUUAUGCCAUCCAAUGUGUCCAAACUUAAAUCCCAAACAAAAAGUAGUAAGAGGGAACGCGAUGAAUCUGAAAUUGAUGUACCAAAUAAAAAAGGUAAAAUUACCCCAACAAUGAGUGGAAAAAGAAACUUGAUAACACUCAACGAAAGUGAACCUGGUGACUAUAAUGAGAUAUUGGAUCAAGUAUUUGCCAAUAUAAAGGAGGAUAUGAAAGGAGACAAAGCUACAGAUAGUGCAAAUUAUAUUUCAAAUACGCAAAAGAUUCCUAUAACCAGUACCCAGAAACCAAAUAAAUUUCAAAUCAAAAGCAACAUUAAAGAUAACCCGACACAAAAAUGCAGCGAAAAUAUUUUUUCUUUAUUUGAACAUGAAUUGGAGUUAGAUAAAUCACAAGGCAAGCAUCAAUCUAUUGAUGUUAAGAAAACAAAAUCAAAUGAAAUAGCUGAAAAAAUUAACACACAGUUAGAAAGCACAGACUACGAUAUGGCCAUUGUUCCAAGUACGCCACAAAAUGAUGAUUCUGAUAAGAGUGUUGUUGAAGAAACUCCACAAAAAGACAUUUCUCACAAACAAAUGGAUUCAAUUAAAUCAAGGCGCGAGUCAAAAAGACAAGAAUCUGUGGUUACCAUAGAUGUAACAGAGGACACAAAAGUGUCUGUCAUUGAAAAUAAACGAUCCAUCGAAACACCGGCCUCCAUGUACAAAUUCGUGAAUAAUUUGCAUCAUAAAUCCACCCCAAUGGCGAAGAAGUCGCUUGAUUUCAACUACCCAGAACAAAUGUGCGCUAUUAAUACGCAAGAAAGAGAAAUUAUGAGUAAAGCGUUUGAACAGUUAAAGCCAGAAAAUAAAAUAGAAAAGUAUUGUCUGGUCGUUUCGUGUUUGACACGGCCAGAUGUUGCUAAGGUGAAAUUGCUUUGCACGCAAAGGAAAUGGACGUUCGUUGAUAAGUUCACACUGGAUGUGACGCAUUUGAUUGUUAGUGUUACGGAUGAUAAUAGAGCUCAGCGAUCGGUAAAAUUUAUUUGCGCUCUGGCCGCGUCUAAAUGGAUACUUUCAAUGGAAUGGAUUCAUAAAUGUAUUAAUAGCAAAGAAGUCGUGAAUGAGGAACCUCACGAAGUUUUGGAUAUGACGGGCGAACCAGGUCCGCGCAGGUCGCGACUCGCUCGCCAGAAGUUGUUCAACGGAAUCAAGUUCUACUGCAUGCCACCAUUCGGACAGCUCGAUAUUGAAACACUCAAGGAGAUAUUGGUGUACGCUGGUGGGGAAGUGGUGAAUGACGUUAGAGAUGUUAAGGCAACUGACGCUCCUUCCUUACUCUUGGCAGAGCCUGAAAGCACACAAGAAGAUAGAUUUAUAAAACUAGCGGCGCAUCUAAGCGUCGUACCAGUUAACUACGAGUGGGUCCUCAAUAGUCUAGGUUGUUACACGUUAGCCACCAUCGUUGACCUCCUCCUGUGUCCAGAGUCGUUGCUUCCUCAGGUCAUAAUGAAGUGGCCCCGCGCGCUUAUAUCAUCACAAGAUUCGAUUGACGAUUAA